AUGGUCACAUACUCUGUUUAUGCACUCUUCCUAGGUCUGGUGAUCUCAGUGUGCGUAGAGGCUGUCCAGGGCAAGGACAGCGGCCUGCUGACGAGGGAGGAAAUCGAGGAGAACGUCCAGCAAUGCGCCUUUGUACAAUCCCUCUCAGAGGCAAAAGCCAAGAAUAACCCGGCGCAAGCUUCAUUGACGACCCAACUUUUCGCCGCCCUCUUCCCCUCUUCCUCCCCAGCAAUCAACGCCCUCCUCGCAACAGCCUACAUCUCGGGCCCUCCAAAUUUCCUCCUCGCACUAUGUCCUCCCAACAUCGACCCUUCGUCGCUAAGCAUCAUGGUCGCCUUCGCUGUCGGAGGCCUCCUGGGAGAUACGCUCUUCCACUUGCUCCCCGAGAUUUUCCUGGGUGAAGAUGAGCACGAUAAAGUCAAGUUCGUCAUGGUCGAACCGAACCGAAAUCUGCUCCUGGGCGUGGGCAUCAUUGUUGGGCUGGUCACCUUCAUGGUCAUGGAUAAAGCCUUGCGUAUUGCUACCGGAGGUGACGGCGGCGCCCACUCCCACUCCCACUCCCACUCACAUGCGCACGAGGAGAAGCACGAAACUGCUACCAACGGCUCCGCAACAGCCACCUCCUCAAAAAAGGGGAAAGCAGCAGAUGGGGACAUGAGACAACGCAAGGCUCAGAAAGACACCAAAUCCUUGUCUCCCUCCUCGGCCUCCACACCGCCCGCACCUCCAAACCCGUCAGUUAAACUCGCCGGCCUCCUCAACCUAAUCGCUGACUUCACACAUAACAUCACCGACGGCCUGGCGCUCUCGUCGUCGUUCUACGCCAGCCCCGCUCUCGGCGCAACGACGACCAUGGCCGUCUUCUUCCACGAGAUUCCGCACGAGGUCGGCGACUUUGCGUUGCUGAUCCAGUCCGGGUUUUCGAAGCGCAAAGCCAUGGGCGCCCAGUUCGUCACGGCCGUGGGCGCCUUUCUGGGCACGCUGAUCGGCAUCUUCGUGCAAGAGUACGGCGGCGGCGGCGGGUCGAAAAGCGCAGCCGAGGACGCAUUGGCGGGAGGAGGAGGCAUCUGGGGCACGAGUCUCUCGUGGGGAGACAUGCUCCUGCCCUUUACAGCAGGCACGUUCCUGUACGUCGGCACCGUGGCGGUGAUCCCGGAGCUGCUGGAGACGGGCCCGAAUAAAUGGGACGAGCUGAGAAAGACGGCACUCCAGUUCGGUGCCAUGUUCGUGGGGGCGGCUAUCAUGUUGGGAAUAUCGUGGUCAUAG